CUCGUCUGUGGCGCCGCUACGUGAUCUUUCUUGCCAUCGGUAUUUCAGAACGUAAAGGACGAAAUCUUGUAUGAUGUCACGUCUAUCGUACAUUUAGUCGGUGACGACUGGCCUAUCCUGUACCUUGUCUGUGAGAAAACGUGUAACGGAGAUAGUCGAUAUAAGUUGACCCGUGUCUCCGCGGUCGAGCGCGCUCGUUCUGCUCGAAACGUUCGGGCACGAAACGUUACGUUAGCCUCUGUCGUAAAUUGAGUUACGUCUCGUUGUGUCUGUUGUUCGGACGUUGUGUCGUGUAGUCGUCCCCCAAUGUGUGCAUGUGUGUGUCAAUGAUUCGUUAUUAACGGUGCAGUUCGGCCUGAUACAUACAGAAGAUAAAUUAUGAUGGUCUGAUCACGGUUCCAACAUGACUGUGGAUUUCGCCGACUACUUUUGGGGCGAAAAGAAUAAUGGAUUUGACGUAUUAUAUCAUAACAUGAAGCAUGGUGCAGUUGCAAGCAAGGAGUUGGCUGAGUUCCUAAAAGAACGAUCGACUAUAGAAGAAAAUAAUUAUAAGGUUCUGAGUAAGCUAGCUAAACAAGCUGGCAGUAGCAGUAGUACGCAAGGAACAUUUGCACCUGUUUGGGCUGCCUUAAGAGGAGCAGCAGAAAAACUUGCUGGUUUACACUUGCAAAUGGCCCAAAGGGUUACUGAAUUAAUAAAAGAUGUAUCAAAAUAUACAGAUGAAUUACAUAAAAAACACAAGGCUGUAAAAGAAGAAGAAUCAUCCACUUUGGAAGUUGUGCAAAGUAUACAGAGUAUUACUGUGACUUUACACAAGGCAAAAGAUAUGCGUAUGCAAAAAGGUCUGGAAUUAGAAAAAUUACGGAAAGACAACGCCAGUCAAAAAGAAUUAGAAAAAGCAGAAAUUAAGUUUAAAAAAGCCCAGGACGAUUAUAAAACUUUGGUUGAUAAAUAUAUGAUCAUAAGGAAUGAUUUUCAAACCAAAAUGACUCAGGCAUGCAGGCGAUUCCAAGAUGUAGAGGAAACACACUUAAAACAUAUGAAGGAAUUUUUAAAUAUUUAUGCUGAUGUUUUGCAAUCAAAUCACGAACAAGUUGGUCAAGUUCAUAUUGAUUUUAAACGACAGUGUUUGGACAUGACAGUGGACAAAUUACUAGAACAAUUUGUACAAAGCAAAUAUACAGGUUUUGAAAAACCAGGUACAUUCGAAUAUGAAGAAAUCAUGACAGGUUUAGGAGAAAUGACCGGUCAUUCCCAAUUGGAAAGCAAUGUUGAGACAUCUAAGGAAACAUCAAAAGGAGCUAAUGGAGAAACAGGCGUAGCUGGUAACACUCACAGUUCAAAAAACGAUCGGGGAUUAAAAGGGGAGGGUUGUCAGGUGGAUGAGGAAAAGGGGAAGGUACAAGAAAAAACAAAUGAAAAUCUGAAUGAAAGGGACAGAGAAUUGUCACAUGCACAAGCCACCAAGGCUUCCCGCCGUACUACCUCGCUACUCAACCUGUUCAUGUCCAACUCCCAGGGUAGGUUUUUAAAGUUGAAUAACAUUUACAAGUCCUUAUUCUCUUUUAAUUGCAAUAGUUUUUAUCUACCUUGAUGUAAUGUAAUUCUUAGUUAUUAUUAUAAAAUACUGAAAUAAUCAAAAUUAGUUACAAAAAAAUUUUCAAUUAAUGAAACUAUUAAAAUAUAAGAAAUUGAUUUUUCCAUUCGUACAUCAUGUCUUGGUAGAUAUAUUUUGCAGUCUUUAUUUAUCACAUCAAUACCAUUUUACUAUUCACAUACAUACACUUGUUCAAUUUAUUUUUUAGCACUCAAUCACAAAUUUUAUUGAUUUAGGCAUAUGCGAAACAAAUUCAUUGACUUAUGCUUAUGUGGUUGUGUUACAAUGCUUGAGCAUUAUAAUCUAACAAUAGGUGGAGGAUGACGUUAUAAGUUAUUAUGUAUUCCAGGGGGUUUAUAUAUUUUUUUCUUUUUUAAUAUAAAUAUUUAAUUUAUAAUAGCAAUUGUAAUAAAAAGAAUAUAAAUAUUACACUAUCAGAAAAAAAUGUAACAAGUACUUAUUUCAUUUUGUUUAUUUAUUUAUGAUUUUUAUUACAAGAUUAUUGAACUCUUUAAUAAAAUUAUAUCAUUUGAACUAAAAUCCCUCUGGAGUGCUACUUAUGCCACUGAAAGUGCAUACUAUCAUUAA